GGCGAUAAAUUGGACGCCAGUUAUGAAUGCGUUGCCGAUUGCGGCCGCUUUGUGGAGAUCGGCAAAUAUGACCUCCAAAUGAACAAACAGUUGGGAAUGUUUUCAUUCUUAAGAGACAUUUCUUUCAUCGGUGUUUCAGUCGAUCAGAAACUUUAUUUGAAGAGAGGAUUCAUCAGAAGGUUCUUCACUUGGAUGCACGAGAAUUGCAAUAACGGAAUGAUUAAACCAAUUAAUCUAAAUGUCUUCAAAGCUGAAGAGGCGGAGAAGGCGUUCAGAUUCAUGACAACCGGUAAACACAUCGGAAAAAUUGUGAUCAGAAUUCGUGAUGAAGAGAGCAAUCGGAUUGCGAAAAGUGGUUUUACUUCCACUAAGAAACUAAUGGUCACUCGAAAGACAUAUUUCAAUCCAAACAAGACUUAUAUCAUAACCGGAGGUUUGGGUGGAUUCGGUCUGGAGUUCAUUCAUUGGAUGAUGUUUUUAGGCGCCCGAAGAUUCGUCUUGACCUCAAGACAUGGCGUCAGAACUGCUUAUCAAAAGUUUAUUCUCGAAAGAUUGUCCUCUUUGGGAGUGAAACUAAAACAGUUUGACACAAAAGUUGUCGUUUCGACUCACGAUUGCAAUACAACUGAAGGAACAAAACAACUCUUAGCCGACGCCCAGGAAUUGGGUCCAAUUGGAGGGGUCUUUCAUUUGGCUCUCGUUCUCAAUGACUGUCUUCUUGAGAAUCAAACGAUUGAUAAAUUCCAGGAAACCAUUGAUUCAAAGACUAAAGCGUUUGAGAAUUUGGAUAAAAUAAGUCGUGAAUUGAGUAUAGAUUUGGACUAUUUUGUUGUCUUCUCUUCUGUCGCUUGUGGUAAAGGAAACGCCGGGCAAUCAAACUAUGGUUUCGCGAACUCUGUUUGUGAACACAUUUGUGAGUCCAGACGAAGAGACGGAUUGCAUGGUUUGGCCAUUCAAUGGGGACCUAUCGGUGACGUCGGAGUAUUGGCUGAGUCUGAGAUCAACACCUCUUUGGCAGCAGUUGUUAAGCAAAGAGUUAACUCAUGUCUAGAAGUGAUGGAUAAAUUGCUUCAAUCGGAUAAUUCUAUUGUUUCGUGUUUGGUGAGGGCCAAGAGGUCAGUGUUGUCGGGAACGAAGGAGUCUAAGCUCGUGAACCAGGUUUGGGUUGCGCUGGGAAUCGAUCCCAAGACUACUCCCAAUCACUUAACUCUGGGAGAGAUAGGAAUGGAGUCUAUGUUUGCGGUGGAGUUACAGCAGGGGUUGGAGAGGGAGUACGACAUCAAAGUAACGCUAAAUGACAUCAAAAACAUCACAAUAGGAAUGAUGAAAGACUUUGAAGUCGGAAAAGUAGAUGAAAUGAAGAGCUUUGCGGAAGAGAUCAAGUCGUGUCGCGCGAAGUUAUGUAAAGUGAAGUUCAUUAUACCGAGUGAUGCCUCCAUUAAACUCAAUAACGUGACCACUGGUCGACCGCUUUACUUCCUGCCCCCUCUCGAGGGUAUAUUUGCUUCACUCGAAGGGUUGGCCGAAAAGAUUGAUCGGCCGGUCAUUGGCCUCAAUUGGACCAAAGAAAUGGAAAAAAUGGGUUCACUUAAAGAGAUUACAAAAUACUACACUCAACUCCUGAAAGCAUUGGAGCCGAAGGGAGACUACGAUAUAUUUGGCCACUUUUACGGUGCGCUCAUUGCCAUGAAAUUAUUGAAGAAGGCUCCGGUCGGUAGGGCUAUCAUAAUCGACAUGUUGUCCGAAAUAGCACUCGACGACGACAUGAUUACAGACGACUAUUUGGUUGAGAUUAUAAUGUCUUUCAUUAGCAAAGACUUACCGGCGGUAAUGAAGGCGAAGAUACGUCGCGACACAAUGUCUAAACCGGACGUCCCCUCAAAGAUGGAGAAAAUAGCGUCAGAAUUGAAAGAGUUUUGCGGCAAAAGUCUCGUGAGUCGAGACUUGAUAAGUUUACACGAGAAUAGCUUUCUCGUGAAAAUCAAU